AUGUCAGACAAGUCUGUGACCAAAGGCCAUGAUUGCCUCAUCCCUCUCCUGGGUAUUGAGCCCGCACACACGCCUGAGAACCUCUACUCAUCCAACGUCGAGCACUUCCAAUCUACCGAGGCUACCGCGCCCCUCUUUACAAAAGACACCAUCCCCGUCAUCUUGCCAGCGUUUAAUGCCCCUUUGCCACAUCGCGAGCAAUUUUUCUCCAAAACGUUACACCACGAUGAGGGCUUGACGCAUAUGCUUUCUCUCUUCACGAGACAAGGGGAUAAUGUCGAGAACCCCGAAACCCUUGUGGAGGAGGUCUAUACACUGGCCACGGUGGAGAGGGGGUUGAGCGGUGCUCCGCAUAUGCUACACGGAGGCGUGAUCAUGUCUCUGGUCGACGAGGCCAUGGGCGCCCUGAUAGAGAUCAAUCGCGCCCUGGGAAAGAAAGGGGAAGUCUUCACGGGGCUUGGCGUCACCGCCGGGCUGCAGAUCAACUUCAUCAUCUUUGUGGGGACCACCAUCACGGCCAAGGCAACUAUGGAAGGAUCGAGCGGGCGGAAGAUGAACGUGAAAUGCGAGGUCACAGAUGAGGCGGGCGAUGUAGCGGUGCGAUGCUCCAGCGUGUGGGUGGCGGUCAAGGAGAAGUUGUGA